AUGAACUCAGAUUCGAGCUAUGUGGAAGACUCAGACGGAGACCUGGGCCUGGACCUGGCGCGAACCAUUCCUCCUCAACUGGCUCCCUCUUCGCCACCACGACAGCAGCGACCAGAGCAUACUACCACAGGAACAAUCGCCGUGUUAGAUCAAUCAACCGGCGGCGGCGGCGACAACAACGAUGAAGAUGCUACAAGUUACUUCACCCGCCCAAACCGCUAUUUCGGCCCAGCAUCCACAUGGCGCUCGUGGACCGAGCAGGAGCGGACAGUCGCACUAAGUCUAGAUCGCGUGAGGAGCCAGGAUUUGAGUGUUCAUCUCUUCAAUGCGUUUUGGCUUAAGAGAAAGGCGGAGGCGGAGGAGGUGGAUGGCACGACUACUAGAAACGGAAAGAGAAGAGAAUUGAGCAGUAAAGGUAAAGAGCGAGCGGGAUCGGGAUCGGUCGCUUCGACCAUCGACGACAACGCUGUUGUCAACUCCGGUCAGGCGACGCAACGGCUCACGCUUCCCAAGUCAUGGACGGCGUGGCCGCUGCCUCCAGACCAGGUGCCCAGAGACGAACUACUCCCUCAUGUUGAUGUCUCAGGGGCGUGGCGCGCAACAGCAACAGUAGUGGAUAUGCGGCCAAGUGCCGAUUUGGAAGGGUGGUUGAUUGCCAUUGCGCAGAAGAUGGCGCGUGAGAGAUGGUAUGCUAGAGAGUGGCAGGACGAAAACCAACAGGAAGUGAAAGAUGUCGUGCGCCGGGACGGAGACGGAACUUCUGGCCAGCAGGGCACUGAUUCUGAAGUUGAGCCUGCAUCAGAUGCCGAAGAGUCGGAGGAAGCAGAGCCUGGUAGUGAUAUUGAUGACGAGGAACAGCAUGAUCCUGGGAUCCCGCUGUUCUCGUCGCAGGCCGUGUCUCCACUUGGUUCUGACGAGGAUGAGGUGGAGGAAGAGGCUGGGAAAGAUAAGAUCAGAACACUCGACGAAAACGAUGACAAAGACCACAGGCGUCCUGUGCCGCUUGCGGAUGAUGAGAAAGCACGACAAUACUUCCUCCCGAGUGCGCGGCAUAUCUUGUCGAAUCUUGACAAGCUACUGUUCGGCUUACACAAUGCCAGACGCGCCUACGCUCAGAAGCCGCAGGGUAAACCUCGAGGAAGGAGACUUACGUCGUCACGGUCACGGUCACGGUCGCGGAUAUUCCAGGAUCAACCGACGACUACGGAUGAAGAGGAAGAGGAAGACGAAGACGAAGAUGAGGAACGGCGAGGUCGCCGAUCACGUCGGUCCUCCUCAGCCAGCUCCGUGGUUUCAAGCACUUCGAGGUCCCGUACGAGACCACGAACCCGCACGGACCGAUUAAAUCCACGAGAUUGGAGCGAUGUCGUCGGCAUGGCCGCCUUGACCGGCUGGGACGCGGGUAUCGUGGAACGCGCAAGCGAACGGUGCGCCCGGCUGUUUGGAGAAAACAUGCUGUUUCGGACGUUUCACGAAGGUGGUGAAGCGAAAGAUAAAUCCAACACCAGUGCUACUGUCAACGGCCGUCACCAAUCGCAAUCGUACUUUACUGAAUUUUUGGCUAUGGAAACGACGAGUGGCGACAGUUCUGCCGAAGCAGAUGCCGGGAAUCAAGUUGCAACAACAUCAACCUCGGUGGUGUUUCGCACUUCGGGCCCCUGCGACGCAUGCCGACUGUCCAAAUCUAGCUGCCAGCCAGUACAUCUACAUUUGCAACAUGGAGAUUUGCAACAAGGACCUGGAGGUGAGAGUGGACGUUUACAGCCAUGCAAAAAGUGUCAAGACUCCAAGACAGAUUGUUCAGGCAUCGCCGUGCGGUACGAAGACAAAAGGCGCAGUCGAUGCUGUCCACACCACUCGUGUCCGAGACAUGCGGUCCCGUUUCGCAAACUCUACCAUCUCCAAAGACAUUUGGACACUGUGCACCGAUACGAUAAUAGCAGUGGGACCAGUCCGGCAACAGAAAUACAGUCAAGAUCGUCGUCCAGGAGAUUUGGAGUCAGUGCGAGUGCGAACGCCAGUGUCGACGUUAGUGAUGCCGACAUGGACACUGAUUCAGCUGCCGCAGCUGUUGCCGCAGCUGCAUCAAUCAAUCUCAUCUUGUGCCCUGUGCCCGAUUGUCCGAGGGCCGUCAAACCGUUUUCCAAACCCCGGCGGCUUUAUGAACAUGUCAGAAAUAUGCAUCCCGAAGUCAAUGUUGAUGAUGUCAAGGAGUGGUUACGAAGGACACGAGGAGAGCGCAGAGGCAGAUGGACGGACGAGAGGAGAAGGAGAGGAAGAAGCAGCGCGACUAGUAGGAGUGUGAGUAGGAGUACGAGUAGGCCUGCCCGGGCGCGCAGGUCCAGUGUUAGAAAUACUCGGUUUCAGGGCACCUUUGACUUUGGCACUCUUCCAGUCGACCAGGAUAAGGAUCUGGAGGUUGAUAUCGAAGUUGAGGAGUCGGAGGCUAAAGAUUGA